AGAGCGUCGAACAGCCCGUUCCCGCGGUGCUGCUGCCCGUCAAAGCCGACAUUGUGUCCGGGUCUGCUGCGGACCUGCCGGGGAGAUUUAUCUGUUCUGUCCGGCAUGGAGCAGAGGUGAGAGUCGACCCAUGGAUGUCCAGUUUCCUGCAGUGCAGCAGCAGCAUGAUGAUAACAAACCAGCCACAGACUCCAUCUUUAUAUCUAUUGCCAUGGUGAGAGAGAGCUACUGGACUCUGUUGCUAUGGUGACCCUGUAACAAUCUGUUGCCCCGGUGACCGCAUGAAUAAAAGACCCAGUCGCCAUGGGAACUUCCAGGAUGUUCCGCAUCUUCGUGGUCCUGGGCUCGGUUUUCAUGAUCCUCCUCAUCAUCAUUUACUGGGACGAUGUGGGGGCCUCUCACCUGUACCUGCACACCCCCGUGUCCCCGGGCCCCAGGAUCCCCCCCCCCCCCUCCCCCCGCCAGCAGCCUCACACCUCGCGGACGCCAUCUUUCCUGUCCGACAUCGACGCCUUCGUCAACCAGUUCCUGGAGCCGGGCACCGGAGAACCCACUGAUCCCGCCCCCGCCGACUCCGGUAACCAAUCAGAGAAGGCCGAGGAGCGGUACAUUCCACGGAGGGAGUGGAAGAUCCACCUGAGUCCUGUGGCAGCCGAGCUCCGAGAGAGACAGGAGCAGCGGCGGAGAUUACUUCAGGAGAUGUGCGCCAACGACAGCGUUGUUUUUCCUGGCAAAAACCGCUCCUUUGACGACAUUCCCAACAAGGAGCUGGAUCACCUCAUCGUGGACGACCGGCAUGGCAUCAUCUACUGCUACGUUCCCAAGGUGGCGUGCAGUAACUGGAAGCGCAUCAUGAUCGUCCUGAGUGAGAGUCUGCUGCGGGACGGCGUUCCUCAGAGAGACCCGCUCUCCAUCCCAAAAGACCUGGUGCACAACAGCAGCAUGCACUUCACCUUCAGCAAGUUCUGGAAACGCUACGGCAAGUUCGCUAAGCACCUCAUGAAGGUGAAGCUGAAGAAGUACACCAAGUUCAUCUUCGUUCGUGACCCCUUUGUGCGUCUCAUCUCCGCCUACCGGAACAAAUUUGAGCUGCCCAACGCGAAUUUCUACCGGCGCUUCGCCCAGGUCAUGCUGCGUCGCUACGCCAACCAGCCGACGCCUCCCGCCUCCGCGGACGAGGCGUUCGGCAUGGGCAUCCACCCGUCCUUCCCCAACUUCCUGCAGUACCUCCUGGACCCGCAGACGGAGAAGGAGAUGCCCUUCAACGAGCACUGGAGGCAGGUGUACCGCCUCUGCCACCCGUGCCAGAUCCAGUAUGACUUCGUGGGCCAUCUGGAGACGGCGGAGGAGGACGCCGAGCAUCUGCUGCGCCAGCUGAAGGUGGACAACGUGGUGGAGUUCCCCACAUCCAGUAGGAACUUCACGGCCAGCACCUCGGAGGCGGAUUGGUUCAACACCGUGCCCCUGGAGACCCGCAAAGAACUGUACAAGCUGUACGAACCCGACUUCAGACUCUUUGGAUACGACAAGCCGGACUCCAUCCUCAAUGAGUGACACACACACAGAACGUGCUUUUUUUAAUGUGUCUUACUUUUACUCCAACAACAGACACACCUCCCCUUGUUCUGGGCUUUGUGUCCUCCAAUCUUGUAUGACCUACACUGAAUGUACACAUUAGGGCUGCACAACUUAGAAGAAAAAGAGAAUUGCUAUUAUUUUGACCAAUAUUACAUUUUUGCAAUCUGAUUCACGAUAUUGGUGAGCGGAUGAGUUAAGAAGUACGUAGGCCAUUCAAAAUUAGUUUGUUAGAUGCGCUAGUUGUCAUAUCAAUUAUUUAAUAUUGUCCAUGACGAAGUGUGAUGCUUAUGUAAAGCAUGAAAUGUGUUUAGAAAUACAUACCAAUGACAGCUAUCUACAAGAAGUAAUUGGUCAUUCUGUAGUAAACAAUUUUGUAGGCCCGGAUAUCUCUGCAGCUUCGCAAUACUUCAGCAAAAAUUGUAUUUAACACAUAUUUGGCCUUUAACAAAAGUUGUUCUUCCUGCAAUUUGAAUAUUAGACUAGUCCAAAUUGCAAUUUUGAUUACAUGUUGAUGAAUUGUGCAGCCCUAGUACACAUCAUCAAGGACACUCAGUGCUCUAAGGAAGCACAUGAAUGAGGUGGAGACAGGUUAAUAUCCAUUGUUGUUUUUCUUUUUUAAAUCAUAACGAUAACAAGAAGCACACAAUUAAGAAACACAGAUAUGGAUUGUGGAAAACAGGAUGUGUUUUUACAUGUUGUACAUUCAGUGUAGACCUUAACUCAAAACGUUGAUGUCAUGCAGCACCUGUAAUUUGUGAUGUCAUACGUAGCAGGAUGUGACUGUAUUUGGUGCGACACCAACCCAGAUGCAGGCCACAGGGAAAUGUUUGCAGUUAGUUAAAACAAGGUGUUAUUAGAUUAGUUGUAAGUGUUAGUUGCACUAGUUGUCAUCUUAUUUAUUACACUUUGUGCAAUGCUUAUGUGAGGCUUGAAAGGGAUUUAAUGUAUGUUUUAAAAAAUGCAUACCAAUGACUAUCAACAUGAGAACCUGGAGGAAAUAUUUUAUACCUCAAACACAGAUUAGGACGGGAUCAGACAGAGCGCUUUUUAGCAGCCUGAGAAGUGUUUUGUAGUCGUGUUGAUGUGCACCUCGUGUUUUUCCCACUCUAAGCACCUUGCCUUUUUGCAGGACUGUUGUUGAAAAAGAACUUGAACUCAGAACAGUAAAUCACUGCAAAUGUUCACCGAGUUGUUUAAUCGUAUGAAUUAAGAGGCGGGGCUUCUGUGGUUGUGACAUUGUUAGCAACCUAGCUCAAUGAAGCUAACUUUGCUGACUGUUAGCUUAGCAACCCAUUUGUUAACCUGUUUAGCCAGUUAGCGUUGCUUGCUUGAUAAUUCAUAUACGUUUCAGAUUGGAGAAGCUCAUUAUAUUAAUAGAAAUAUUUCAGACAACUAUUUGCAGCUUGUUUUAUUUAGCUAUCUAGCUCAAUGCAGCUAACUUAGCUAUCUAUUUGCUAACUCAACCCAUUUGUUAAGCCGAUACAUCUUAGCCAGUUAGCAUUAGCUAUCAAAAGUGAACCGUUAGCAUUGUUAAAUACAAUCAAUCCACAAGAUGCUUGCUUGAUAACUAAUUUUAACUGGUUUUACUGGAAGCAAUCUAUAUAAUACUAUGCCUGUCUAUUAGGAUAGGUAAGGUAGCUAGCUAACAACUCGCUAACUAAUUACAUUUUUUUUUUAAAGGUUAACAUUUUUUGAGUUUGCUAGGCUCAGAGACAAAUUAAGGCUAAGGCGGGGGAUCCAGUGGAGGCGUAGCAACAACAACAAUCAUUUUUAAUUGUAUGCUUUUAUAAAAAAAAAACAAGGUGCACCGUGUGUUUUGAAACCUGCAAAAAGCUCUCUGUCUGACCAGACCCUUAGAGGAUGCUCAUAUGUUACCUUAACAACAAUCCCUACUGCUUCUUCAGACCUGGUGCAAUAGUUUGAAGCGGAGAAGUGCAUUAGAUUAUAUCAAUAGAAACAUUUCAGACAACUCCUUAGCAGCUUGUUUUAUUUACCAGUUUCAGCAUGGCGUUAUCUUAUAGAGAAGCACAGCAGCUCCAGUUAAUGUGUCUCAGCUUGUCUUUGAGGCACAAAACUGGAGUUUCUACAUUCUUUUAAAAUCAUCCUAGCUGCAUGAACACAGGUGAGCCUCUGUGUAUUUAAAGGAAAAGAUUUCCAAAGGGAAUAUUUUUGUUUUAAUGCUUGUUGUGUUGCUAUGACUAUUAGCAUUUAUGGACCUUUGUGUUUUAACGCACAAACUGCAGUUACUGACUUACAUCGGGUAACCCUGGAGACUGCAGCUAUUGUUGCCCCCCAUCUCCUCCAAAUAUGAACUUUUUUUAAACUGUAUGUUUUGAGGGCAGGCAUUUUCAUGGGGCGCAGUAUUGUGUAGCAAGGAGAAGAGCACAUUACAUGGCGACAAGAAGCAGUGUUUUUCAGUAUUGUGCCAUAACAUCAAUCCAGGAGUCGGGUUGUUUGUAGAUGAAUGCCAGUAUUAGAGUCAAGAUCAAUUAAAUAGUGAUCCGAGCAUGGAUCAGAUGGCUGCAUGUUUUAUAUCAGAACAGGUGGAAGAUAAGAUAGUGCCUUUGGUUGCAAAAGUUUACACAGCAAAAAAAAAAAAAGUAUUUUUGUAGAAGGACUUUUUACUUUGAACACGAUACAGUGAGAUCUGUACGAAGCCACAAGGUAUAUUUGAUAUGUCAGGCCUUGUUUAUCUUGUGGCUUCAAAUAAAAGAAUAGGAAAACAGCAGCAGAGCCCUUCAGCUGAAAUGCUUUACCGUCUUUAUGGGGGUUUGUAUGAUGUGAGAACUCUUUACAGUGUGCUUGUGUUGCUUUGUGUGUCAUGUAACACGCAAGAUUACUGUGUGCUUUGUACUGUAUUUGAUCAAUCUGCACAUGUACAUGUUCACACACUUGACUCAGUGUUGUCUUACUGUCUUUUGCUUCAUUUGUUUUGUACGGUGUGGGUAUUUUUUACUCCUCAAUGUCUCAGUUCAUAGUGUUUUCUGGGUAAAUUGGAAUUAUAAGGGAUAAAUGGCUGGUUUUCCCAAAAGUCUGUCAUCAUCACUUGUGUUGUUUUCCAUGUACGUCUAAGUGAACACACAGCUUAUCUAUUUCAACACACACUCCCAACUCACCAGUGUUUAGAUUGUCAGAUUUUUUUGUAUUUUGUUCCUUUCUUGUGUUUUGUUGUUGUUACUGUCCAAUGUCAGAAACGUUGCUCUUGGCUGUAUUUUCUUUAAAAAGUGCAAACACCGUGAAAUUGAAUAACUGUGUAAGGGAUAGAAAGGAUUUAUUUAUUGGCUGAAUAAAACCUAUGGAAGCUGCUUCUGUAAAAGGGAAAUUCAGUCUUUAUUAAGAUUACAGUUUGAAAAGGUGGUAUGUUUUUUUGCCCGCAGCGACCAGACGCUUCAACAGCUUUCUUGCUUUGAACUGCUUAACGGCCAAACCUCGUCCUACAUUACCACCUGAUGUCAGAUUCUCAGCAUAAAAUGCAAUCACACGUCCAAAAGCUCAAAUCUAUUUUUGUGAAUGAUGUUUUUGUAACUCAUAUCAAUACUUUACAAGAGUCUUUGUAGUCAGUGUUCCUCCUCUCAUCUACUGGGAAAAAGCAAAGCAUUCAGUUUCCUCCGUGUCAUCUGUUCAUUGUAAGAGAAAUAAAGGAUGUGGGGCAUGAUGGAAAAUG